AUGAACAACAAUGGCUAUGACCCUGUUUUAUUAGAUGAUUUUGUUGCUGAUUAUGCAUCCAAUAAAGUUUUGAGGCCUCGCACAGGUAUUCUCUACAAUAUCUCUCUCCCUGCUAAUUUUACCGGUAUGGAAGUCUCAUUUGUUCGUGUCAGGGCUCGGAAUUUCUAUUUGAAUGGAGCCAAUUUCAGCUCCUUCCAUUUCCCACCAAGGAUAUUGCCAAUGCCGUUUAUGAGGAGAUUUUAUUUGAUCUAUCAAAACUUUGGCAAUUGGUCAUCUUAUUACUAUAAUGUGCCAAACUAUACACUGAUCACUCCUGUUGUUGGAUUCAUGAUUUACAACGCCAUAAAUUCAACCACGAGAAGAAAUGCAACACUUAGUUUUUACACCGAGAAUGACCCCAUUUUGGUCCAUUUUCCUCGGGUUUCUUUGCCUAAAGAUCCGAAUGUGACAGUGGAAUCACAAUGCGUUAGGUUUUUUCCAAAUGGGUCCGUUGAAUUUAGCAAUACGACCAUGUCAAAUGGAUGUAUUGCGCAAGGUGAAGGCCAUUUUUCCAUUGUCAUACCAUCACUGCCCGUGCCUUCUUCGCCGUCUAAGAAGAAAGAUAGGCUUUGGAAAUGGUGGGUGAUAGGAUUUGGGGUAGGUAUUGUUGGGUUGGUUUUGGCAACUUUGAUGAUGGUUUUGAUGUAUAAAUUUGCGAAGAGGAAGAAAAUCAAACACAUGGAGAGACAAUCUGAAAGAAGCGAGGCUUUGGAUACAACUUGGGUUGGGAGGAGUAAAAUGCCUUCAGCAACAGGGAUUAGAACACAACCAGUUAUUGAGAAUGACUAUGUUCCUUGA